UCUUGAAGAUUUAUUAUAGUAGCUUUUAACUCUCAGCUUCUCUCCUCCUCACUUGAGUAGAAGAAAAUGUCGAUCAUUCCAAUCAACGAUGAUCGCCGGAGAAUCUCUCCCGGCGAUAGAAUCUGGGAGCCAUUUGAACUCAUGAACACCUUCCUCGACUUCCCCUCGCCAUCCCUCCUGCUAUCUCGCCACUUUCCUUCACUUUCCCGAGACCUCUCCCCUUUCUCUUCUCCAUCCACCGUCGAGACCCAGCUCAACUGGACGGAGACUCCGACGGCUCACGUUUUCAAAGCGUAUCUUCCGGGAACGGCUCAGGACGAAGCGAUCGUGUUCGUGGACGACGAAGGAUACCUCCAGAUCUGCACGGGAGACAACAAGUUCAUGAGCAGGUUCAAGCUCCCCGACAACGCUUUGACGGAUCAGGUGACGGCGUGGAUGGAGGAUUGUUUCCUUGUCGUGUUCGUCGCGAAAGAUGGUGCUGCUUCUUCGCAGUCAACGCCGGGGAUCGAGGAGAAUCGCAAUGUGAGAGUGGUGGAGAUUACCGGCGAUGAUGAUUAAAUCAAGUCUUGGGACUUUUAAAGUCUGUGUAAUAAAAUAAACAGAGUAAUCGCGUAUUUAGAUUUGUGAUUGGAAGUCCUUUGUGAUCUUGUGUGAAGUUCCUUUUGUUAUAAAGGAAUCUGUGUCGUUUCGCUGAAGUGGAAAAAAGUAUGUAUAAUAGAGAAAAUUUGAAGGCCUGCAAAAAUAA